AUAAUUAGUCGUAGCACCUUGUUGUAAAAUAGUAUUGUUUUUGGCGCGUGUGUUUUGUAUGUAUGGGUAUUCGACUGUUUUUUUUUAGUAAUUAUAUGUAUUACGAUAAUAAGAAGUGUUUAUUAUCUGUUACAGAUUAAAAAAUUGGCAGCAUCUCAAUUAGGUUACAAGUAAAAAGACUAUUAUCUGAAGGCACGUCUAAGUAAUAUUAAUUUCGUCUAAAACUAAAUAUAAUGUCUACAUCAAGGAUACCUGAUUUUAAUACGGUGAAGACAAAGGUCAAAGGAUGUCUUUUCAGCAGUACUUUUGUCGCGGAAAGCUUUCGCGGGAUAAUGAUGGGCAUUAUUAUAACGGUGACACUGGGUGAAGUAAUUGCCUACAGACUCCUCAAACAGAAUAUUAAAGCUGGAGACAUGCCUCAUUAUGUAACAGAUUUAUUGAUACUUCUCCUGGCGUUGUUGGAGGCGCUAGUGUCGCCAUUUAUAGGUUGGUUGGGCAGCAGUCGGCGGCGUGGGAUGCUCAUGGUGGCUUGUCUCGUCUCCGGCGCCAGUGCUUUGUUGUGGUUCGCAUUACCCACUGUCACGGUCCCUGAAAGUAUUGGAUUUUGCAACGGUAAUAACACGAUGCCAGAAUUCAGGUCAACUUUCAACACACCGAUCAGACUGUCCAUUAUCCUGUACACUUUUCUUGUUUUCGGAGUAACGAGGAUCAUAGUUUUUUGCCACGGUAUCACUUACAUGGACAAUCGAUCACCUUCCAGAUUGAGCAUGCAUUAUGGUGUCCUUACAGCAUUUCGUCUGCUGGGUCUUGAAAUGGGUUACAACAUUAUGACAACUAUUGUGGAAACAAAUCUGACGAUACAAAUUUUUAUGAUUGCCAUCGGCAUUAUGAUCAACGCUCUUCAAAUAUACUUGAAUACUUCGGAAACCACUGAGGAAAUGGAACCGAAAACUAUCGAGGAUGAUCUAAGUGAGACUUCGCCUUUCGUUCCUAAGGUCGUCAAUUCGACGUCAAGUGGUUUCGGUUCGAGUGUGUAUCGCGUGUUCUCCAACACGUUGGUAACAACGCAGAUGGUCUCCAUGGGGCUGAUAGCGGCUGCGCUGUGGGGCUUCGCUUACCAUCAGACAGACUUCCUCAGGGCCAAGUAUUACAUACAUGUGGAGAGAAGUCAUUCAUUUAACUAUGCGGAAAUAUUACGUUACCACUUUGUCAUUUUGGCUGUUGUGGUGAGUUAA